AUGCUUACAAUUCGAGUAUUGGGUGUGUUCGCCGUUAUUGUGCUCGCAUUUGUUUUGGUAGAGUCUGACGUUGAACUUUGUGAAGACGAUGUGAACGUUUGUCAUGGUGAACUUCCAGCCAAUGCGAUGUGUUCAGGAGAGAAUAAUAAAACCAAGCGAUGUCAGUGUAAAAAGGGAUAUAAAAUGAGUCUGGAUAUCGAUUGUACAUCGAAUGGCUCGGUAUUUUCCUGCCAGGAUAUAGAUGAAUGUGCAACCAAUAAUGGAUCGUGUGAAUAUAAAUGUCAAAAUGAACCUGGUAGUUAUAACUGUUCGUGUCCAGAGGGGUCUGAAUUACAGGGAAAUGGUUUGAAUUGUGGACCAAGUGGACCAG